GACUCGUCGAGUGCAGCUGAUCUGAGUGAAAAUGAUUUACAGGCGUCGAGUUGAAACUGUUCCGUCGCAUGGAAGCACAGAAGUGAGAGUAGCACAGAUGAGAAGCUGUUAACUCACACUUUUAAUCCGAGCUGUCUGGAUGGAGAAGACCCUAAAGACGCCGUGAUGGCCAUAGAAAGUGGCGUGUGGAAUACCUGUGACUACAGCCACAAUGUCACCUUCUUCUACAACUUGGUGGGUAAGAAGAUCAGCACAGUGUGGACACCGCGGGACUAUGUGGUUCUUGGACUGGGCUUGACAGUAUGUCUCAUUGUAGUCCUGGCAAACCUGAUGGUGAUGGCAGCAAUCUUCAUGAACCACCGCUUCCACUUCCCCAUCUAUUAUCUCCUUGGCAACAUGGCUGCGGCAGACCUGUUUGCAGGCAUCGCCUACGCCAACCUGAUGCUGAACACUGGACCCUGGACCAGCACGCUCACAAAGGAGCAGUGGUACAUCCGUGGGGCUUUGAUUGACAUCAGCCUCACAGCCUCUGUGGCUAACCUGCUAGCUGUGGCAGUGGAGCGCCACCAGACCAUCAUCACCAUGCAGCUACACAGCACGAUGACCAAGCGGCGUGUGGUGCUGCUGAUAGUCUGCAUCUGGGUCGUGAGUGUCAUCAUGGGCCUGGUGCCCUCGACUGUUUGGAACUGUGAGUGUGAUCUGGAGGACUGCUCCACCGUCGCUCCCCUCUACAGUCGUCGCUUCCUCAUUUUCUGGGCAGUUCUCAACCUGCUCACUUUCUUUAUCAUGGUGGCUGUGUACACCCGCAUCUUCAUCUAUGUGAGAUAUCAGAGCAGAUACACAUCUCAGCACUCCUCAGAGGCCCGGCACAGCCAGACCGUUGUCAACCUGAUGAAAACUAUCUCCAUGGUUUUGGGCGCCUUUGUAAUCUGCUGGACACCUGGCCUUAUGACGCUCUUACUGGACGGGCUGCUGGGUAAAGCCAGCCAUGCCAAUGCCUAUGAGAAGUUCUGUUUGGUGAUAGCGGAGUGCAACUCUCUGGUCAAUCCGAUCAUCUAUUCCCUGCGAGAUGACGAGAUGCGAAGCACCUUCGAGUGGAUCCUUUGCUGCCUGUGUCGCAGCAGUGCUGGCCAGCAGAGGAAACACUCCCCUGUGGAGAUUGCUUCACCACUGUCUGAGGAGACUCUGGGCUGUGUGCAGAAGUCAGACGGUCAAGCUGCCUGUGUGGAAACAAACAAUUAAGAGGACAGUUGGACGAUGGCAGGGACAUGAUAUCUGCAGGUCUACAUGUACAGAUCCUUGUUGUUUUUUUUUUACUGUAAUCUCUCAUUGUGUAAUGUUGACUUUUUGCUCUUCUGUGCAGAGAGAACUUUGGCCAAACUACCUCUCUUCCAUGUCUGCAUUUCUAAAUUGAAUACAAAAUGUAUAAAGAUGCAUCUGUUGAAAGGCUGCAACUCAUUGCACCUCUGGAUUCAUGAUUUGCAGAUUGUGGAUAAAUAGUACUCAGUGUCAGGGAGGCUGACAGAUUCACGUAUUCAUCAUCAGAUGGUGCAAUCUCUCCUUUUAUUACAUUUGACUAUCACAAGAGCAUCUGUGACAAAUUAUAAAAAUGAAACACUUCUAAAAUCUGAAAUCAAAUACUGAAAAAAAUCACACUAAAUCAUUUUAUUAAUUUUCUAAUAAGAACACUACAAUUUGUCAUAUUCUUCCUUUUGUUUGACUCUUUCUAGAACAAUUCUAAAGUUGAGGUAUAAAAGGAGUUCAUACAGACUCACCAGUCUGAAAACAGUGGGGGUUAUAUACAAGAGAAAUGGAAAGACAGAGGUAGAGAGAGGGGUAAAUACAAGGGAAAGAGGGGAGAUACAAAUAUACUAAUAAAAAAAAAGAAAUCAGAAAGGUUUAAGGAUCUAUUUGGUGCUGUGGAAAUGUGUCACUUGCAGAAUCCAAGAGUUUAAGCAUAAUAAACUUUUUGUAAAAUGAAAGGAGACCACAUUAAAUCAUUUGACAACCACAGUGUUCAGGCAUCCAUAUGUUUGAACAUAUUUUUGAAGGGGGGUUGACAUGAAUGAAGGCGCUGAGUGUAGAUCACCUGUUUUAUAUGAAUGAGCUUAAAGCUGUUACAGGGCGUCAAGAGUUUAAAGUAAGGUUUUAAAUGUAGUUACACUUCAGCUCAUUUACAUUUAACUUUCACCAUGAAUAGACGUUUCUCAUUACAUUGACUAUGAGCCGGUUUGAAAAGGUUUAGAAAUUUAGGACGCACAAAUAUCCAAAGUGAGUGUUUCUGAGGAAGUCUGAAAAAUAGUGACGGAAGGGGAUCCAUAAAUCUAUACAUCAAAACAUACCAAGUGUCCAUAAAAGAACCUUAACUGAUCUUUCCACAGCACCAAACGUUACACCUGUAAACCCUUCAUUGCCUUCAGGUUAUGUAACAAAAGACCUAAAUAAUAUUCAAAGUUGAUACAGAGUAAUCGUGAAUCCUGUGACACAGAGGCCAAAUAAAACUGGCAUCUCAACCAAACGUCAAAGUUUAUAAAAGAAAACAAAAAGAAAUACUGAAACAUUACACAAACUGUACAGUGACAUCCAUUACAACAGGUAGAAAAGAGGGAAGGAUGAGAAUUUGGUGUGGUGAUAACGUUAUUCAUAAGAUACACUCGUAUGAACUGCGAUGAGUAACAAAAGAAGUACUUGGAUGUGUGAUAGCACGUAUGACCGGCGUAUAAGCUCAAGUUUUGUUCUGUAACAUGGUUCAACAAAGUUUGGACUGACACUUACAUUUUCAUAAGGCUUUACCUUACUAUCAAAAUGCUUUGUUAUUCACAUAACAGUUAAUGUAUAAAAUAGUUCCAAAGAAUGAAAAUCCCCCAAAAUGUUGCAGGCUUGUCUGAAAUACAAGUCAAGAGUUUUACAUCACCCAGUGUUGCCUCUUUUUUUGGUAACAGAGGAGAGAGAGAAGCCCUUGCCCAAUUGGCCAAAGAACUAAAAAAAAAAAAAAAAAAAAAAAAAAGUCACGGUUUUACCAGAAGGUAUUAAAGGAUGAAUUAAGGGGAGAGCAUACUUCCCAUGUUCAAAAUCAAAUUGCAGGUGUGAUAUGAGUCCUCACUCCACCCACCCUCCCAUGAAGCCCCACAACAAAAACCCCCGAAAAUCAAA